AGGCACAACUUCCGGAGAGAGGCGGAAGAGCCUCUGGGCUCUGGACUCCGGAGUCCCGGGACGUUUGAGGGGCUCCCCCGGGGUACAGGAAGGGGUCGCCGGGGUCGGCCGGCUGCAUUCCGGGUGUCGGGGCCGUGAGUCCGAGGGAUGAGGAGGGGCCAUGGCCAGCGACGGGGCCAGGAAGCAGUUCUGGAAGCGCAGCAACAGCAAAGUCCCGGGCAGCAUCCAGCAUGUGUAUGGCGCCCAGCACCCCCCGUUCGACCCACUGUUACAUGGCACCCUGCUCAAGGCCACGCCCAAGGUGCCCACCACACCGGUGAAGGCCAGGAGGACCAGCACCUUCCAGGAGUUUGAGAGCAACACCAGCGACGCCUGGGACGCCAGCGAAGACGACGAUGAGCUUCUGGCCAUGGCGGCCGAGAGCCUGAACACCGAGGUGGUCAUGGAGACGGCCAACCGCGUCCUGCGCAACCACAGCCAGCGGCAGGAGCGCCGCAGGCCGCCCGAGCCUCCCGCGGUGCCGAGCGGUGACCUCCGGCUGGUGAAGUCCGUCAGCGAGAGCCACACAUCCUGUCCUGCAGAAAGUGCCAGCGACGCCGCCCCUUUGCAGAGGUCCCAGUCUCUGCCGCACUCGGUGACCGUCGCACUUGGCGGGACGUCAGACCCCAGCACCCUCAGCAGCUCAGCGUUAAGUGAAAGAGAGGCCUCCCGGCUCGACAAGUUCAAGCAACUUCUGGCCGGUCCCAACACGGACCUCGAGGAAUUGCGGAAGUUGAGCUGGUCCGGAAUCCCUAAGUCGGUUCGUCCGAUUACCUGGAAGCUGCUGUCGGGUUACCUUCCUGCCAACGUGGAGCGAAGACCAGCCACGCUCCAGAGAAAGCAGAAAGAAUACUUUGCGUUCAUCGAGCACUAUUACGACUCCCGGCAUGACGACGCUCACCAGGACACCUACAGGCAGAUCCACAUAGACAUCCCUCGCAUGAGUCCGGAGGCGCUGAUACUUCAGCCCAAAGUGACCGAGAUUUUUGAAAGGAUAUUGUUUAUUUGGGCAAUCCGUCACCCUGCCAGUGGAUAUGUUCAGGGGAUCAAUGACCUCGUCACCCCUUUCUUUGUCGUCUUCAUGUGCGAACACAUAGAGGAGGAGGACGUGGAUGCCGCCGACGUCUCCCGCGUGCCCACCGACGUGCUGCGUAACGUGGAGGCCGACACGUACUGGUGCAUGAGCAGGCUGCUGGACGGUAUUCAGGACAACUAUACCUUUGCCCAGCCUGGGAUUCAAAUGAAGGUGAAAAUGUUGGAAGAGCUGGUGAGCCGGAUUGACGAGCAAGUGCACCGGCACCUGGAGCAGCACGAGGUGCGUUACCUGCAGUUCGCCUUCCGCUGGAUGAACAACCUGCUGAUGAGGGAGGUGCCCCUCCACUGCACCAUCCGCCUGUGGGACACCUACCAGUCCGAGCCUGAGGGCUUCUCCCACUUCCACUUGUACGUGUGCGCUGCUUUCCUGGGGAGGUGGAGGAAGGAGAUUCUAGAAGAGCGGGAUUUCCAGGAGCUGCUGCUUUUCCUUCAGAACCUGCCCACGGCCCACUGGGGCGAUGAAGACAUCAGCCUGCUGCUGGCGGAGGCCUACCGCCUGAAGUUUGCUUUCGCGGACGCCCCCAAUCACUACAAGAAGUGAGCCAGGGCCAGCACAGCCGUGGCUGCGGGCCGGUGGCCAAGGAGACGCCUUGUUGGAGCGGCCUGCCCUCCAGGGGGCUGGCCAGGCCCGGGCGCAGGGGAGGGCCGGGGCCUGGCCGGGGGCGCCUCUGUUGCCUGAGAUACCAAAGAGAGCCAGGGGAGGGUCCUGGCCGCUCAGGGGGCCAGAGGUGGGCGGGCAUCUCCCUCCCUGUCCCCGGAGCGUCCUUGCCAAAUGACCACCUCCUGGAGCCCCCAGGACGCGGCAGCCCGAGAGCCAGACCCUCUGGGAGAGGCCUGCUGUCUGGUGCCAGGGGCAGAAGGAGGUGGUGGCCAUCUCAUACCUGCUUUGAAAUGCAAAAAUUCUAUUCUGUUGAGUGAAAGAGAAUAAAAUAUAGACAAAAUAAGAA